UUGUACCAUAACAUUAAAUGUAUAAGUUUAGGUUGUACCAUAAAGCAAUUUGUACCAUUAUGUUAUGGUACAACUUUACAACUUGAAGUUGUACCAUCACAUAAAUGUACAAGUUCAAGUUGUACCAUAAAAGAAUUUGUACAAAAAGUAUAGGUACAAUCUAAAGUUGUACCAUAACGUAAAUGUACAAUUUUAAGUUGUACCAUAAAGGCAAAAACCUAUAGCACCAAUACUAUAUAGCAUUGUAAAAUUUCUCUCAGAAUAUAUAUUUCUUCCAAACUAGUAAAGUGACAUCUAUUUUAUUUUGCAUGAGAGAUCAUAAUCUUUUGUAAGUUUCCUUUAUCAAACCAUGCUAAAGUGACAUCUAUUUGACUCAAUACAGGGCAUAUGCAAGACUGGUCGACGAUGCAAUUUGAAGCAAAGUCAUCAAAAGAUGGUGCUUGGUAAGCAAAAAUAAGUAUGAUAUCUAGUGGUUCCAAUUGGAUAAUAUGUGAUUUUUAGUGAGAAAAGGGAUGAGCAUUGGUGGUCAUCUCUUAUGGAGAAGGAUGUGUAGUUAUUUGUUUCUUUUAGCAGAACGGAUGCCAUUGUUUUUAGGCUCAACAUAGAGAUUAUUAGUUGAAGCAAGAAUAUUUUGUACUUUUUGAAUGCUCAAUGUUUGAGUCCCUUGCUUACAUGGAGAAAUGCACAACAAAGUGUCGAGUGUCUUACUAGACGUCUGGAUCUAAGUUCGAUGCUUUUUCCCCCGCUUUCCAGGUAUGAUGUUGAGCUUUUCCUUUGCUACAGAAAACUACCAUCAGGAGACCUUGUAAGUUGUUUUAGUAUGACUUAGUUAUUCUUUUCAUGCUAGUUCCCUUGUCUAUAACGGUCUCGCCAAUCAUGAUCAUUGAAGAUAGUAAAUUCAAUUAGUCAAAUGAUAACUUCCAAUUAGCAAUUUUCUUAGUAAUAUUGACUUGACAUCACGAUACUGACUUGGAAGAGAUACAUGGAUGCUAACAUUCCAAUACUUCAGCAUUUUAACUAAGAAAAAAGUUACAAAAUUAUUAAUAGUAACAAAAACUGACUAAUCUUUUUAUACAUUACAAAAUAUUUGGGUAAUUAUUAGUAAUUCAGAAGAUUUGGCUAAUAAAGAUGAAUGCGGAAAAGGUUUUGCUAAUAAUUAGUAUUUACCCUAAAAGUAAAAAUUAAAGAAAGAGUGUUGAUAAGUUUUCGGGAUAAGUUAAAUUGAUGAGUUGUGACUUAUUUUGUAGUAGUAAAAAGUAAUUGUUGUAAUAAUAGAUAGUUUAUUCACUAAUAAAGAAAUGAGUAGGUUAUAGACAUGGCAAUUCAACUGAUGCAUUUUAUAACGUGUUGAAGGAAGUUCUUGUCAGAUUUGAAGGAUAUGGGGCAGAGGAGGACGAAUGGGUAAAUGUAAGAGAGGCUGUCAGACAACGCUCCGUUCCCGUGGAUCCUUCAGAAUGUCAUUUGGUGAACGUUGGGGAUGUAGUAUGUUGCUUUCAGGUGAGUGGCGCAGUUGCUUGCCAGUAUCUCCCAAAUCUUGGCUGGUUUUGUUGGUUGAAUCCCAGAGAAAUUAAAAGUAUAUGAGAUAUGAAAUAUAUCGUUGCUUGUAAUGAAAAAGUAACAGACGAGAUAGUAAAUAGCAUACAUAAUAGUAAAAUAAUUGUGGAGUGUUGGAAACUGAUGAAUGCUAUGUGUAUGAAGUGUAAGUUCAUAUUUUUUUAUUUAGCGAGCUGACUUCUAGUUUGCAUUGUUCAUCACGAGUAGUCUGACUUCUUGCUCAAGUUACUAGCUAUAACAAACACUUUGUUGUCAGGAGAGGAAGGAUUAUGCGAUUUACUACGACGCUCAUGUGAUCGGUAUCAAGAGGAAACUGCAUGAUAUAAGGGGUUGCAGGUGCAUUUUCAAGAUACGGUACAAUCACGACGACAUGGAGGUCAGGAUCUCGAUCGCGUUGCUCUUCCCCGGGUGGGUGUUGAUAGUUGGGUGGGAUGGUGGCUGACCCUGGAAUUGGUUCGUUUGCUGUUGUUGCCAGGAAAGAGUUCGCCUGAGAAGACUUUGUUACCGCCCAACACCUUGAUGGGAAGCUGAGACCUCUUCUUCGAGUAUAUAGUAGUAGUCAUGUAUGACAUCAAUACAUGUGAAAAAUGAAAAAGAGUUUUCUUUCUGUCUGAUCAAUGCUUCCAUUGUUUCAGUAAAUUGGGAGCUGGCACUACAGUAGAAUGUUGAUGACAAAAAAAAUAUGAGGUAUGUGGGGAGAAACCGUCGCCAGUAGCCUUUUCUUUUUAACAGGUGUUUGUUAAUAUUGUACCUGACCGGCUGGCUGCACCCUUCAAACUGGUUUUUUUACCAGUUUGGAAUAUUUGUACUGAUGGUGACUAGGGGUGGCAGUUUGGUUAUUUCGGUUAUAACCGGUAACCGAUUGGCCGGUUAAUGGUUAAUUGAAAUAAUCACUUCCCCUACUGAAAAUCGCCUGAAAUAGGCUUUGGUGUCUCGGUUAUCGGUUAACCGAAUCACUUUUAACACCAAAAACCAUUUCAUCCAGCCUCUGAUAACCGACCAAAGUUCGGUCUAAUCGGCCAGUUAUCGGUUUAAUCGGCCAGUUAACUGAUAACCGGUAACCGAACGACCACCCCUAACUGUGACGGUGUGAUCUCUGAUACGGUUUUACAUACGUUAUUGUUAAUGUCCAUCGGUUCGUUUAGUAACAAGUUGAGUAUGAGCUAAAUUUUGUUCAACUCACAACGGCCAUGAGCUAGCUCAACUUGGUGGUUUGUUGAGCUCAAACUCAUGGACUAGCUCGUUUUGAGCUCGAUAGUAUAGCUAGCGAGCCACCUCAUACAUUACUCAUAUACAAAUUACUAUUAAAUAACAUUAUAAGAAUAAUUAAAAUUAUAAACUACAUUAUAUGAUACUUGACCUCGAAUCGAUCACGCGGAUUAAUUGAUGGCCGAACUCGAAUCGAGCUUAAUCAAACGCAAGCAAACGAACAUUUUUCAUAUAAGCAAGUCGAGUUAUAUCUGGACUCUUUUAUUAAAUCAAGAUAGGUCAAAACUCUAUUGUACGGCCCCACGCCUACCCCACCUUUUGACUAUCUUCCUUCAUAUAAAAAUCGAAACUUUCUUCAAUCCAAUCUUCACCGAUAUUCCCCCGCGCCCCUGGAUGAAUGUUCCGUUCCUCGCUGGAACCUUGUCACCACCGUCAUCAUCGCGCAUACGAUCCCUGAGAGCAGAGAAUUCGAUCAUCCCACAAACCCGCCGUUUUCGGUUUCCUCUGCCGUAACGGAUUGUGAUCGGCGUGGAUUCUAACGAGACCAUAAUCGCAGAGAAAAUCCACACGCGCGAACAGAAUCGCUGGGUUUUUUAUGCAAAUCAAAAUCUUGGGUCUGGAGCUUUCGAGAGGAUCUUACUAAUACGAUGGAACACUACGACAUUGGAGGCCGCAGUGGGGAGAAUCCCGAGCCAGAGGACGAGGGAAGCACAGCUCCUUUGCCUGAAAAGGUGACUGUUGGUGGUUCCCCAACUUACAGAAUAGAUAGAAAGCUUGGGAAAGGAGGGUUUGGACAAGUCUAUGUUGGUAGGCGAAUUGGUGCUGGCCCUGGUGCGGUAGAGGUGGCCUUGAAGUUUGAGCAUAGAAGCAGCAAGGGAUGCAAUAAUCGUCCACCAUGUGAGUGGCAAGUUUACAAUACACUUGGAGGCAGCCAUGGCGUGCCACGAGUCCAUUUCAAAGGCCGGCAAGGUGACUACUACGUGAUGGUCAUGGAUAUGCUUGGUCCGAGCUUGUGGGAUGUUUGGAAUAAUAAUUCAGACACGAUGUCGAUUGAGAUGGUUGCCUGCAUUGCCAUCGAAGCCCUCUCCAUACUGGAGAAGGUGCACUCUAAAGGAUAUGUUCAUGGAGAUGUAAAACCUGAGAAUUUUUUGUUGGGGCCCUCAGGAACUCCUGAUGAGAGAAAGUUGUUUCUUGUCGACCUUGGUCUGGCUACAAGGUGGCGUGAUAAUUCAACUGGUUUGCAUGUUGAGUAUGAUCAACGGCCUGAUGUUUUCAGGGGAACAAUGAGGUAUGCUAGUGUUCAUGCUCAUUUAGGUAGAACUGGUAGCCGGAGAGAUGACUUGGAAUCUCUGGCCUACACUCUUGUUUUCCUUCUCCGUGGUCGGUUACCUUGGCAAGGAUUUCAGGGGGAAGAUAAAGGAUUCCUUGUUUGCAAGAAGAAGAUGGCUACUUCCCCAGAAACUUUGUGUUGCUUAUUUCCUAAGCCUUUUCAGCAAUUUGUAGAGUAUGUGGUGAAUUUGAAGUUUGACGAGGAGCCAAAUUAUGCCAAGUAUAUCUCCCUCUUUGAUGGGAUUGUUGGCCCAAAACCAGAUAUUAGGCCAAUAAACACCGAUGGGGCUCAGAAGCUUAUUUAUCAGGUUGGACACAAGAGGGGACGAUUGACAAUGGAGGAGGGGGAAGAUGGAAAACCAUGUAAAAAGAUCCGAAUGGGAAUGCCUACAACACAGUGGAUCAGUAUCUAUAAUGCUUGCCGGCCCAUGAAACAAAGAUAUCACUACAAUGUGGCUGACACAAGACUCUCCGAGCACGUUGAGAAAGGAUACGGAGAUGGCUUGUUUAUAAGCAGUGUGGCUUCAUGCUCAAAUCUAUGGGCCCUCAUUAUGGAUGCUGGCACUGGCUUCAGUGCUCAAGUUUACAAGCUUUCUUCUCAAUUCCUCGACAAGGAAUGGAUUAUGGAACAGUGGGAAAAGAAUUACUAUAUCAGUGCAGUUGCAGGAGCUAAUAAUGGCAGCUCGUUAGUUGUGAUGUCUAGGGGUAUGCAAUUCUUACAGCAGUUGUAUAAAGUUAGUGAUUCGUUUCCUAUCAAGUGGAUUAAUAAGAAAUGGCGAGAGGGGUUCUAUGUCACUGCCAUGGCCACUGCUGGAAGUAGAUGGGCUAUUGUCAUGUCUCAUGGGGCGGGGUUUUCGGAUCAGGUCAUUGAAUUGGAUUUUCUGUAUCCUAGUGAAGGCAUUCAACGCAGGUGGGAUAAUGGUUACCGUAUCACCUCAGCUGCUGCAACUUGGGACCAAGCUGCCUUUGUUCUUAGUGUCCCACGUAGAAAACCAGUAGAUGAAACUCAAGAAACCCUUAGAACAUCUGCUUUCCCAAGUACACAAGUUAAGGACAAGUGGGCAAAGAAUCUCUACAUCGCCUCAAUCUGCUACGGCAGAACUGUCGCAUGAACAGCUGAAGUCUUAUCCGAAUCCCAUCACGUGUCUCGCGACAUGGAACCAAAGCUUAAAAGAACGAUGGUGUUGCCAACAUGGAUCGGCAAAAAUCAUGCCAUUGCCAUCGCUUAGCGUCCAGGGAGCUCGCGCUUGUGUGCACAUUCUCUCAGUCGCAGAGUCUCGCGCUGAGUUGCAUUUCAUCUGGAAAGUCUGUAUGUAUAACCGUCGGCGGAACAACAGAACCAAGUCUUUGUGUUUGAGGGUCCUAUGCACCAGAUCCCUGCUCCAUUGUUGAUCUGAAGCAACAAGAGAACGCGACCUCUGCGGUGAGCUCCGAGCUUUCAUUCUCAGGGGCUCCUCGUGUCUCCGACUUCCGUGCUCUCUGCCAUGAAAAGGCGGGCGUCGCUCGUCAGUCCAUCCCCUGUGUUCUUGGGAUGUCCCACUAUGAUCCAAAAGACUCUGAAUGCAGAGUGAACUUUGUAUACUCUGCAAGAUCAUGUAUUUGGUCUAGUGCCGGUUUAAGGUCACCUUCUUUUACUAUUUUUUGUUUACCAUUUGAACUACUUCUACAACAUUUUGUGGGAGGCAUGUUCUAGCCAUGUAUAUUUAAUUAAGGCGUGCUUACACAGCUGCAAUUGCUUUCAAGAAGCUACUUAGAGCAUAAUGAUGAUAAAAAAAAUAGAAUAUGAAGAGGGUUUGGCUAUUUUCCCCGCAUUCCAGAUUACAAGGCUCGCACACGCAAGCUAUUUACGUACGAUUACUGGGAAAUUGGGGAACUGAUGAGAAAACUGCCCAUACCCCCAACUCCCACUCCCUGCUGGGAAUGAUGGGAAUGACAAUGGGUAGGUUGGGUUUUGUCAAACCCAAACUCAAAUCUAUAGGUUUAUCAGUGAAAAAAUUUUGGAGGUAAUACCCACUGCGGGUUCAUGGGUACUCAUGGGUUUUUGUCGUAAAAAAUUUACAAUAAUAAGUUUCUAUCAAAAUAAAAGUCAAAUAUCAAUCUUUUAAUACAAAUUAUCGAUAUAUAAAACACCAUUCUAGAAAAUUUAAGCAAAUACACAAAUUAACCAUACAAAUUGUUCAACGCCAAUCUAGAAAACUCAAGAAAAUUGAACCAAAUAUCCAUAAACAACAGGAUUAAUUGAAAGCUUCUUCCUCCUUAUCAAUUAACCUUCUUCACUCUCCACUCGAUAAUAUCAGCUCUAUACAAUUAGAAAGAAAAAAUUAGACAUGUCUCCACAAACAUAAAGAAGAUUAGUUGUUUAGAAUAUUAAAUAUACCAGAAAAAUUAAUUAUAUGGGUGUGGCCGGGUACCAAUGGGGCGGGAUUUACUUAAACUCAAACUCAACCCGAUGAAUAGUGAACGAGUUUAAAUCCAAACCCGGCCCAAAACCCGUCAACACGGGUUUUACCCGCGUUGACCGGAUUUGGUCGGGUAGGGGGCCCGAGGGUUCGGGUUUUGUUGUCAUCCCUACUCCCUGCCACCGAAUUCCAUUAUAUGCUUACUCUCUCACAAUUGUGGUGUACUCGCGAGCUGGCUCGUCGGUUGAGUCGUUUUAACUCUGAUCCGGCGAGAAAAACGAACCACACACUCCUACGUAUCGACUUGUUACAAGGUUAUCGGGUUGAGGUCACACAGCGUCAUUUUUCUCUUGAUUUGUUAAAUGUGUGAAUUCUGUUGAAUCCAAGUACGACCUGUUAUUAUAUUGGUGUAAUGUUAUAUGUUAUUAUAUUAGAUGAGAUUUAUAAUAGAUUAAACCGAGUUGACAACCUUAAAAUGAAAACCUAACGUAUUUAGAAGGUAUACGCAACACGAACUAGGGAUGGCAAUGGGUUGGGACGGGUUUUGUCAAACCCAAACCCAUGGGUUUAUCCGCCAAAAAACCCGGGGUAAAACCCUUUGGGUUUGAAAAACUCAAACCCAACCCGCUGGGUAUCCGCGGGUUCAUUGGUACCCGUGGGUUUUUGUGGUAAAAAAUGACAAUAACAAGU